AUGUCGUACGUGCUUAUGCAAAGCACUCAGGCAAGCAUAUCAUAUGCAGGAGGAACCAAAACCCCAUCUAGUAUUCUACUUCUCUUCCUUCAUCCUUCUUCCUUAAUGCCAGGAGGAACCAAAUGCUUUUCGAGCUUCCAUGCUCCCAAUGUCACCCUUUUCAGGAAGCUCGGAGCGGAGUUUGUGGGGACCUUCAUCUUGGUGUUUUCAGCAACAGCGGGACCUAUUGUGAACCAGAAGUACCACAAUGCAGAGACACUGCUAGGCAAUGCGGCAUGUUCAGGCCUAGCAGUGAUGGGCGUAAUUUUGUCCACGGGCCACAUCUCCGGAGCACACUUAAACCCAUCGGUCACCAUUGCCUUCGCAGCGUUUCGACACUUCCCGUGGUCCCAAGUUCCCCUCUACAUAACAGCGCAGGUUUUGGCUUCUAUUUCUGCAAGUUUUGCUCUCAAGGGUGUCUUCCAUCCCUUCAUGUCUGGUGGAGUUACAGUUCCUUCUGUGAACCAUGGCCAAGCUUUUGCACUCGAGUUCAUCGUCACUUUCAUUCUCAUGUUUACUAUCAUUGCCGUUGCCACUGAUACCCGUGCGGUAGGGGAGAUGGCAAGUGUGGCAAUUGGUGCUACAGUUUUGGUCAACAUCCUUGUGGCAGGGCCAACAACUGGGGGUUCAAUGAAUCCUAUCCGGACUUUGGGUCCGGCUGUUGCUGCUGGAAACUAUAGGGGAUUGUGGAUCUACUUGGUUGCACCCACACUUGGUGCCUUAGCUGGAGCUGCUGCCUACACAACUGUAAAGCUCCCAGACAAUGUACCUUCAAACCAGGUCACAGACGAGCUUGUCGAUCCUAAUCCCUGA